AUGUCCGACCAGGCACCUUCGCGGUUUACACCGCAGAAUAAAACCACUAGCGAAAGAUUGUCGAGCAACACUGUCGGUCUCGUUCAAUUGUCCGAUUUUCGCAAGCGACGCGCCGAAGUUCUUGAGCAGCAAGAGCGCGAACGCGAUGCCGCAUUAUCUGGAACGUCCACCCCCGAUCGAUCCCAUUCCGCGACACCUGACCCCGUAAGCGACUCAGGAAGCGGUACGAGCAAGCCGAAGAAGAAGAAGAAAAAGAUUGGCGGCAGCAAGUUGUCCUUUGGUGACGAUGAAGAAGAAGAGGGAGAUGAUGACUACGUACCAAAAAAGAAGGGCAAGAACGCCGGGGGGGAUGAGGACAACGAGGAUGCGACCGAGAAGAAGUCCAAGGUCAUCGCCAACUCGUCUGUUGCCUUUGUGCCGAAGGUCAUGUCCAAAGCAGCUCUGCGACGUGAGGCUGCUGAAAGAGAAGCUUUGCGACGGGAAUUCCUGGCGAUACAAGAGGCAGUCAAGGCCACCGAGAUAGCGGUGCCCUUUGUUUUCUACGAUGGCUCCAACAUACCUGGUGGAACAGUCCGCGUCAAGAAAGGGGACUAUGUCUGGGUGUUCUUGGACAAGAGUCGCAAGGUGGGCGCUGAGCUGGGAGUAGGAGAGAAGGCCAACGCACGGAGAGAGUGGGCUAGAGUGGGAGUUGACGACUUGAUGCUUGUGAGGGGGUCAAUCAUUGUUCCGCAUCACUAUGAAUUCUACUUCUUUGUUAUCAACAAGAGUAAAGGUCCCGAUGGCGAGCAGCUCUUCAAGUAUUCCGCCGAGGCACCGCCCAAGACGGAAGAGCCCGAAGUUGAAGAAGUCGACGCGACUCCUAAUGGGGGCCUGACUACGGCGGCGGCGCUCAAGGCCAAGGCCACCGCAACGAAGACGUUGCCUGAUAUCAACACCCUCGAGGGUGCGACCGACGAUCCGACUCUCACCAAGGUCGUAGACCGGCGCUGGUAUGAGCGCAACAAGCACAUUUACCCAGCGAGUAUGUGGCAAGAGUUUGAUCCCGAGAAGGACUAUCAAAAGGAGGUUCGGAAAGAUGCCGGCGGGAACACUUUCUUCUUCUCGAGAUGA